UCAUGUGCUGCGCCGUAGGCACCACCCUCUGUAGCGCCUUACGGUCAGAUAACAUUAUUUGAGACAUUUUAUUAUUUUCUCUCUGUUUAUUUGUUUCAAUAAUGUUUCUCUAAACCAUACCAAUAAAUAUGACUUUAUGAAGUGAAAAUAGUUCACACCCCCCCCAUCAAAUUAUUGGAGAUGUAUGGUAGGGGUCAGUUAAGGAAAGGUAGAUACACAGUAGCAAUUCUGCGCGUUGAAACAAACGGAUUGGGAAUUCUCUUACGAGAGUCUCUGGAUCUCUACACCGGGAGUAAUUGGAUUUGAGAGCACUGAUCCGCUGUCACCGUAUGGGCUGGGGCGCUUUCGGUAAACCCAUAUUCCUGCACCCCGCGCUCUGGCACUUGGCAUCGGGUCCAUCGUUCGCGUGACAGACCGGUUACAGAGAACAGACGUUUUCACUCAGACGUUCUGACAUUGACAUGGCAGCACGUCCAGACUUCCAACGUGAGGGGAGGGGUGAGAAGAACCUGUCUCCCCUGUCUCGCCUCCCCCAUGAGCGGGUGACCCUGAUGGUGGACGGGACUCACUUUGUGGUGGACCCCGCCCUGUUCACCGCCCACCCUGACACCAUGCUGGGGAGGAUGUUUGGUCCUGCCCGUCACUUCACCCGGCCAAACACCAAGGGAGAGUAUGAGAUCGCUGAGGGAAUCGGAGCCAGCAUAUUCAAAGUCGUCCUGGACUUUUACAAAGGGGGUAUCCUGCAGUGUCCAGAGGGGGUGUCAGUGUCUGAGCUCAGAGAAGCAUGUGACUACCUCUGUAUUAACUUUGACUACAGUACCGUUAGGUGCCGAGACCUCAGUGCAUUGCUGCAUGAGCUGUCCAACGACGGUGCAAAGCGUCAGUUUGAUGUCUUCCUAGAGGAGCUAGUUGUCCCGGUGAUGGUGUCCAGUGCUCAGGAGGGGGAGAGGGAGUGUCACAUCGUAGUUCUCACAGAUGAUGACAUAGUGGAUUGGGACCAUGACAACCCUCCACCCAUGGGAGAGGAGUACUCACAGAUUCUGUACAGCACCAAGCUCUACCGCUUCUUCAAGUACAUAGAGAACAGAGAUGUGGCCAAAGCACUGUUAAAGGAGAGAGGACUGAAGAACAUUCGCAUCGGCAUUGAGGGGUACCCUACCUGUAAGGAGAAGGUGAAGCGCCGUCCCGGUGGGAGGUCAGAGGUCAUUUAUAACUAUGUGCAGAGGCCCUUCAUCCAGCUGUCCUGGGAGAAGGAGGAAGGGAAGAGUCGACACGUGGACUUCCAGUGCGUCCGGAGCAAGAGUGUCCCCAACCUCAUCACCUCUCUGGGGGAGUCAACACGACCCGCAGCCAUACCCAACCCGCAGGUCGAUGAGCUGGAUAGGCUGAUCAGCCCUGAUCCCCGCCCCCAGUCUCAGGCCCCACCCCCACCCAUCAAUGACAGUUGAGGAGAGGGUAGAAGUUGACCUUGGGUAUAGGUUUUUUGUUUGUUCCCCUAUUGGUUAAGGUCAGGGUUUGGCAAGGUUAAGGUUGCGCUGAUACUAGGGCCUAGAUUCAAUCAGAUCAAGCAUUAACCAGCGAUAGACGACACCCGCGUAGCUGAUGUUUUGGAGUGUCGGAGAUGUAACUGGGUUGGAGCUGUCAAAUCAGUGAGCAGCUGCUCUGGUGAUCUCAUGAAGCCACACCGUCCCACUUGUGUUAGAAGUUCAGACCGAUAAUGUGUAGGCUAUAUAGAAAUAAUGACGCUCAAAUUCAUUAAACAAAAUAAUGAGGAUUUCUAUCAGCCUAAUCGAGGUGUAGAUUACAUCUCACAUUCCACUAUUCUAACUUGUAAACAGGGCUGCAUGAGAUUUCUGUUAAUGCGACUCCAUGCAGCCAAUGGCAAUGUCCGCUUUAGGUAUAACGCCGGGAGUGCCUGUUGAUUUGACAGCUCUAAUGCAGUUCCUCCUCUGACCUCAAUGCUUGUAUCUGCAAGUGCUGAUCUGAAAGAAUCUAGCCCUAGAUCUGUGCUUUGGGGCAACUUCUACCCGAGGCCGUCAUCAGUUACCACGUCAGCCUGUCUUCCACUCAGGAUGUGUGAGUUUACAGACACACUCAAACAAACCUCCAUGACCAUACAGUCCAACCCAUGUAUACAGAAACAGAUGUGCAUGAAACACAGACAUGUACACACACAUGGAUUUGGACAAGGAGGAUGUUUACAGUAGAUAACUAGACCCUACCAGAGUAUAUCUAGUGUUUCCUCAUUUAGAAUGUGUGUGUGUGUGUGUGUGCUCUUUUUUUCUUUUAUGACAGAUUACAUUUUAUAUGCUUUGUACAUUUAUAUAAAGGUUUCAGUUAAUAUUAUUGUUUAAAGUAUUUCCAUCGUUUUUGUUCAAAGAAUUGGUUCAAGUAAUUGUUGCAGCUGCACGGGAAACCGAAAUAAAAUGAUUGAUGGCAUAGCUAA